AUGAUUUUGUUGGAUUCAACUGCGUUGAUUCUUGACGGAGCAGUAUGGACGGCGGAGCAACCAAACGAUGACGUGGUGAUCAAGAUUCAAAAAACCGACAAAGGAAUGAGAGAAGCCGACUUCUUGAAAGUAGAGGUAUCAAAAUGUGGUCAUUACGAGGGAUCUCGACCGGAAUUCAUCACAGGAAAGGAAGCGAACAUCAUCCACCUCGAUCUCAAACCGGAGAAUGUGCUUUUGAAGUCAGCCGAUCUCAAGUCUGGCGUACAAAUAGCAGACUUUGGAGAAUCGAUCAGGGUUAGCCCUCAAGAUUCAACCCAGAAGCUUCUGGAAGACUUUUGCACAACGUUUCGUUUUAUGCCGCCAGAAGUGCUAGAAAGGGAAAUCUCCCUGGCCUCUUUUGCGACCGAUGUAUGGUCGCUUGGAAUAAUCUUAUUUGAAAUUACAUAUCGCAAAAAUCUUUUGAAAAAUUCCGAUCGAGAUUCUUUGUGGAAAGAGCUACAAGAAAAACCUCGCCUGAAUGGUUCAAUUGAUGUGAAAAAGAUUCACCCUACAUUGAAGCUCUCCUCAUCUCAUCAAAAAAUGUUGCAACGUUGUCUGACAAGCGAAUACAACAACAGGAUCAAGUUUGAGGAAAUGAAGCAGCUGCUCAAUUCAACAUGGGGCCGCAUCGAAGAAGACGAUAACACAGAUUUUUUGCCCCCAAGUCCCAGUUUU